GUGUACGUGCUGUGUGUUCUUUUAUCGCUGAUUCUUAUUUGUUUUUUCUUCUCUCUUCUCGAUCACGCUUUGUUGCCUUCCCUCGCGAAAUCGUAGUAAGGCUCCCUCCUUUCCCCUUUGAAUGGUUGGGUUUAGUCAGUCGGCCAAACUGUUGUAGUCACUCCACUAGUCGUGGCAACAAAACAACUGAAAGUGAACGUCGGUCGGUCAUCGGCUCCUGCGAUUGCUGCUCCGCUUAGUCGCCCAGUCAACUCUUUUUACUCUUUGAAUAAAAAAAAAAAAAAACUCACUAGUAGCUGCGUGCGUUUUCCCGCGCACCUCGUGUGCCGAGCGGUGCGAACGUUCUCGACCCGUAGACGACCGGCCGGCGAGUGAAUCGUUUGAUCGUUUCGGUUAUUAGAUUGGGUAAACUGAGCGGCAAUAAAACCAGCGGCAUUCCGAUGUGCGUCGUCUCCUGAGAGAUUUGGCAUGCGCUCGUUCGCUCGCUCGCGAUAAUUGGAAUACCUUGCGCUGUUGCCGGCUCUUAUGUCACUUCGCGAACCUAACACUAUUCGCAGUUUUACGGCACGAUGACUGCUUUUAUUGGAUCUGCUAAUGUCGCUUUAAGCGUUGAUGCAAUUUGAUGUCAGCAGGAUCUCACAUACAGAUGGCACCUCAAUCGACAGUCAACACUUCCCAGCCCAUCCAUAACCAAGACUCCAAUAUGAGUACAGGUUCGUCUCAUAGCGACAAAGAGGUGGACUCAAACACGCCGGAGAAGAACGCGACGACGCGGGCCCCGGAACAACAACAGCGGAAGCGCAAGCGCAAAGCAGACGACGCGGGCGGCGGCUUGGCCGGCGGCGGAGGAGCGACGGCCCCCAAGGGCGGCGGGGGCGGCCGUGUCUCUGUACCGCCGCCCGACAAGAAGAUCAGCGAGUAUUUUAAGCACUCGGGUAGCAGUCCCAUCAGGCACGGCGGUGCCAAAAGUCCUAGUCCUCAACAACCUUAUCCUAUGUUACCUCCUUCGCCGCAAACUGUUGGGUUACCCUCGCCAGUGACGACGGGGCCCUUUGACUUUCUUACCUCUUCCCGGCAGCCUCUUUCGAGGCUACCAGCACCCCCUAUGGUUAGCAAAUUAAUACAGACUGAAUUAACGUGUCAUCGGAUAACAGAGUUCGAGACGCAAGCAUCUUCCGACCUGGAGGUGCGAAAUAACAAAAUUGACGAACUGACGAGGUCGAACGAGGAACUGAGGCAUCAGAUCUCGGCGCAACAAAAGACCAUCGACCAACAUAAACAGCAGGUCAAUAAAUGCAUCGAGGUUGUAAAAAAGUUACUAAAGGAAAAAAGCUCAAUAGAAAAGAAGGAGUCGCGGCAGAAAUGCAUGCAAAAUAGGUUAAGACUGGGUCAGUUCGUGACGCAACGGGUGGGAGCGACGUUUCAGGAAAACUGGACGGACGGACAUGCGUUCCAAGAACUGGCGAGGCGGCAAGAAGAAAUAACAUCGGAACGGGAGGAGAUCGACAGGCAAAAGAAGUUGCUGGUGAAAAAGAGGCCGUCGAACAGCGAGGGGGGCGGCAGGAAACGAAACAAUUCGAGCGCGUUACACAACGGCACCACGACGACGACGACGGACAGCGGAUUCCUGAAACCAGACGCGGUUCCCGGUUCGCUCACGUGGCAGGAGUAUUAUGAGGCGGACGAGAUCCUCAAGUUGCGGCAGAACGCGCUCAAAAAGGAAGAUGCCGAUCUGCAACUCGAAAUGGAGAAGCUCGAGAGGGAGCGGAAUCUCCAUAUUAGGGAAUUAAAACGUAUUCACAACGAGGACCAAUCGCGGUUCAACAACCAUCCAGUGCUGAACGACAGGUACCUUCUGCUAAUGCUGCUAGGUAAAGGGGGAUUCAGCGAGGUGCAUAAAGCGUUCGACCUGAAGGAGCAACGGUACGUGGCGUGUAAGGUGCACCAGCUGAACAAGGAUUGGAAGGAGGAUAAGAAGGCCAACUAUAUCAAGCAUGCUUUAAGGGAGUACAAUAUCCACAAAGCGCUAGAUCACCCCCGAGUAGUUAAAUUAUAUGACGUGUUUGAAAUAGAUGCGAAUUCGUUUUGUACAGUAUUAGAAUACUGCGACGGUCACGACUUGGACUUUUAUUUAAAGCAGCAUAAGACAAUACCGGAAAGGGAGGCGCGAUCGAUAAUAAUGCAGGUAGUGUCCGCGCUCAAGUACCUGAACGAGAUCAAGCCGCCUGUGAUCCACUACGACCUGAAACCGGGCAACAUUUUGUUGACGGAGGGCAAUGUGUGCGGCGAGAUCAAAAUCACGGACUUCGGCCUUAGUAAAGUGAUGGACGAGGAGAAUUAUAAUCCGGACCACGGCAUGGACCUUACGUCGCAGGGCGCGGGCACCUAUUGGUAUUUGCCCCCAGAAUGUUUCGUAGUAGGUAAGAACCCUCCAAAGAUAUCGUCGAAAGUGGACGUGUGGAGCGUAGGUGUGAUAUUUUACCAAUGCCUCUAUGGUAAAAAGCCGUUCGGACACAACCAGUCCCAGGCGACGAUAUUAGAGGAAAACACUAUCCUAAAGGCGACCGAGGUUCAGUUCGCCAACAAACCCGCUGUGACUAACGAAGCCAAGAGUUUCAUCCGAAGCUGUUUGGCUUACCGGAAAGAAGAUCGCAUCGAUGUCCUUUCCCUGGCGAAACACGAAUACCUACAGCCGCCGAUGCCAAAACACUCGCGAGUAACGUCGAGCCAACAGGCGCAACAGCAACAACAACAACAGCAGCAACAGCAACAGACGAGUUCAUUUAGCACGGGCAUUUUUGGCGCGAUGAACGCUUCUUCGUCCUCCUAGUGCAGUGCCAACGCUACUGUGUAUAAACGCUACCCGUACAAAACUCGCGUACGUUUACAGUUAAAAAAAUGGUCGUGAAGAAGAAGAAGAAGCAAAAGAAGAGGUGUCGAGAAGCGACGACAGCGCCAUUGUUAUUAAUAGUGGGGGACUACCGAGGUAGGCCCGACGAUUAUAAGUUGUUGAAAGUUGUUAUUGUGAGACGGACCCAGUUAAGAGACAAAACUAGGACGCCUACGAGUGUGCGUGCUGUUGUUUGACGGGAAAUUUGAGGUAGUAGUUUUGUUAGCUGCUCUGAUGAACACGGUUCCAAGGCUUUUAGGGCUUAACGUUUUGGGAAAAUUUACCUGGAAGGGAGUUGUGUUAUACAGUAUAAGGUUUAAAUUUUACGUAUUGCAGUUUUGGUUUAAAUUUAAGAGAAACAUGUUUUUUUUUAUAAAUCCUUGACUUGUCAAAUUAUGCCUUGCAUAUAAUUUAAACUAUGGCCAAAGAUUUUUAAAUAUUAAAGUAUAUAGUUUAUACUUGGCUUUUUAUGCAAUUUUAAUAAUAAUAAAGUAGUCUUUUAAUGCAAGUAUAGUAAUAAUUAAAUUCAAGCUGCAUGAUAUGAAUUUUUCUAUUGAAUACUAUUAAACUGGCGACAUUUUUAAAAUAAAUUUUAUAUUUUUGCAUGGCUCAUAUCUUUAUAUUUGCGUUUUUAAAGCUGUUUAACUUUUUUCCAGUAGAAACGUGCUAUGUGUUAAUACUUUAUACAAGCUUUUUAACAUAUGCAUUAUUCUACUGGUUAUAGCAUGCAAUUUAAGCAUUAAAAUUAAAACAGCUACAAAUUACCGGCUACGCCUUAAAUUUUUGUGCUUUUUGGAAUAAUUGUUCGGUAUAGGGGAAAAUUACUUUAUUAAGGGUAUUAUCCCUAGAACAGUUAAUACAGCUUACCAUUCUAUUAGAAUUGUCAUUAUAGUAUAAUUAGCAUUAUUCCAGGGUAAAAACCUCCGUUACUGUUUAAGGUUGUUGUUCAUCAUAUUUAGAAAAAAAUUCAUGUAACUCCACUAUGCUGGUUGGAGUUGCCCUUGCCGAAAUAUACUACUAUUACUACCAGAUUAAAUAAUUUUUUUAUAUUACAUAAAAAGUAGGCCACAACAUCUAUGUAUCCCAGGAUUUAAAAAAGUAUUCGCUUAUUUACAGAAUAUCUGUAGCUACUAGGAAAAGACCACAGUACUUAUAACUAUAUUAUCAGCAUAUAUCGUAUAUUAAUUUAGACACUCGUGAUAAUAAUAAUGAAAUUUGACUUAAAUUUAACGGCGUGUUUGGAUGUCUUUUAUUGACAAAUUCCCGUAUGAACUUAAUGCUUCAGGCUUAAUUCUCUUUUUCUUUUUGAAAACUGAUGUAUCGUGUCAAUAUUUAGAUCGUCGUGUAAGUAAAUCAACGUUUCGGAGAUAAACAGGUGCAACUUUACUAUUUUGUUUAGAAAUCGUUGCGACCGUAUCAGGAGCAACAUAUUGUCCAUGGAUAGUUUUCUUUUUUUAUUCAGGAACAGGGAAAAAGCAUUGUGUAACCACUUUUUAUUGUACGCAUUGCAUACCUCUGGAUUUUUGUAUAAAAGAAAAGUUUACUAGACAAAGAAGACAAAGACCGAUAAAGUUAGUUAAAAGACAAGUUCGGCAGAUUUGAGUGCCUUAAUUCAACGUAGGUGUUUCUAAAUAUGGUGAACAAUAAUCUCGAAUAACAACGAAGGUUUUGACACGAGACUAAUGGCAAUUAUAAUAUAACCACAAUACUAUUUGUGUCGCAGUUGUAUGGUAAACUAUAUUGUCUGUUCCAGGACAUAUAGUUUUUUUAAAAAUAUUUGCACCUAUACCCACAGGAGUUACCAAAGUAUUGGCUUCUCGUCGACUAUCUUUUGGAUUUGUCAAAAAAAAACAUUGCUCAUUGUAAAAGUAAGCAAAGUCUAUUUUUUUUCAAUGAAAUGUUUUGUAUAUUUUUGACAUUUAAAUUAUCCUUCUAACACGCUUUAAUGAACAGUUUUUCCUAUGCAACACAUUUAUUGCAAAUAAAAUCUGAUUGAUCUGGGUUGAGAACAAAUUCAAUUCAGUUCUUAAGUUUUCCGCAAAAGAUUUCUUUUAUCGAAUUUAGCGAUCGAAUAGUUCGAGUUUAUUGGCUUCGAAGUAAUUAAAACUAGAAAACUAGAAGAACUAACAGGGUCUGUGAACGUUUAUGAAUUUAUUAACUUAUCCAUAGUUUUUCGAUUUGAUGACGUCCAUUUACUGGCAAAACCAAAAGGUAAUAUGAAAAGAAGUCAAUUAACUUUUGUUUCAAAGGUUUUGUUUCUAAUAUUUGUGGUAACCAAAGUAUAGGUGCAUGUUUAAAGCAAAAUUGGGUACUGAAACGCAAACCAAUCGCCUGUUCUAUCUUUGAUUUUCCCAAAAUCUUAAGAAGCGGCAAGCCUCGAACUGAAAAAUUAUUAUUCUUGUUGCUUAAAACGCUUUACUUUGCGUACAAAAAGAAAAAAUGAGUGUUACGUCGGCUAGCGGUGCACUUUUUCUUUAUAUAUUAUUUGUUGAAAUUUUACAGGGUGCGAAUAUUCCCUUGAAUAUCGUAGACACCUUGUGUUAUUGUUUGUUAUAAUGUCGCCAUUUUUAGACAAGGUUUGCUUGGAUUAUUACGGAUGAUAACUAACAAGGCCCUCAGUUCGAAAAACAAAACAACUUUAUAGCUAGUCAUUACCUUUAAAAUGUAAGCGGACACUUUAUUUACCUACGAAAUCUUAUCUGAAUAUGGCGGGCAAAACGGUAGAUUCGACGUGGCGCCGGUGCAGAGGGGCCUAAUGCGUUUAAACAGUUAUUUUUCACUGCCAGAAAUUGAUAAAUCUUUUGUUUCUUUUUAGUGUUUUUAUUUUUCAUGGUGAAAAAAUGAUUUUUUUUUAGUUUGAGUUAUAUUAACUUUAAGCUGUGCGCCGGCGGCACGUCGAAACUACCGUAAACUAUUAUUAUAUCGAGAAAACAAGUUCCUAACGAAGAAAAUUUCAUGUUAGCCAACUGACAUUGUUCGGACUAUGUAAAAAAGCGCAAAGUCACAAUUGAAAACUGUUUAAACUGUACUGUAGAUAUUUAUGUAAUAUGGUGAAAUUAUGAAGUGACCUUGUUUUUUACCCCCCCGAACCACAACGGGACUAUUCGGUUUUCUUGUAAAAGUGUACAUUGUUUGAGGAAGUGUUUAGGGACCAUUAUGUCAAAAACGAGACGAGGUAGAGAAAUUUGAAUUUUUUAAAUAUUUAAAGAGUUGUAAAGCCUUUUGUCUUUCACAUUCAGUUCAAAUUUAAAUUAAAGUAUGUGCCGAGAAAGCUAUUUUUAUAAAAUGGUUAUGAGGUGUUUAGAAAAUCACAUUUUUUGCACUAGCAUGGUAAUUUUUUACUUUUUAGAUGCCUUGUACAAAAUUUUGCCCUUUUCAGUGAGCAAAACUUUGUAUGCAUUUCUUUGAAAAUUUGAUAUAUUUCAAUAAAAAUAAAACACCUGGCGACACUACUUUUUUGGAUAUUUUAAGACAAACCAUAUCCCCUGCUGAAUUGUCACGUGUCACGUUUAGUUUUGAUCAUUUUUAAAAUCUUCAAAACAUAAAACCUUACAUAGUAAGAGAUAAAUUACUGAUCAGAUUACAAGAACAAAUACAAGGUGUCUCAAAAGAAACGUUUAUAUUAUUAAAAUAUACUCUUUGGGAUUUUUUUUUUUUUAAAUAAUGUCCAAAUGUGUUCACGACACUCGCAUUCAAUCAAACAUUCAAAUUUCUGAUUGGCAGGAUUGCUUCCAUUUCAUGGCUAAUAUUUUGUUUUAACUUUAGAUUUGAAAAAACCUUCCCACAGGAACAAAACUAUAGGACUCAAAUCGGGACUGCGUGGCGAGCUAUUUAACGUCACCGCUUCUCAAGAUUAAUUUGGCACCAUCUGCACUGGAUGUGUGUGACAUUGCUUGACAUUGCAAUUUAAUUAUAGCCAGGACAGUUCUGCAGUUCGGGUACCAAAAAUUCACCUAACGAUCUGAAUUCAAUAUACGUACUACGUAUGAGUGUACGUCCCCUUUUAUCUUUAAAAAGAUAGGACAGAUAAUUUUCCCAUACGGUCACUUUUGGCGAAUGCAGGAGUUUUUGAUGUUUACAUUUAGGAUUGGUUGCACUCCAACGUUUAUAAGUGCUUACUUGCUUGAUUUUGGUGAGUGGAGAGGUUGGGAUCAUUACGAACAGACUUAUCCAUUUAUCCGUUUCAUGAUAAUCUUGGUCAUUCCGCUUCUGGUUUAUCUAGUGUUGAACGGGUCUCCUCAAACUUUCGCACCCCAUUCUGAAUGAGAGGUGCAUCACUUGAGUGACGUAAAAGUUUAUAACAUUGCAGAAAUUCCUUAUUCACGCGGUUUCUGUAAAAUUCGCAACUUAAUUCCCACGACCCAGGCUAUCGGUUGACGACAGUAAGCUAAACAAAUAUAAACUUUCUUUUGAGAUACCGCGUAUUCCAAACUCGCCUUAUUUUAAAUAAUGAUCAAUAAAAAAUGAUAGAAAUUACUCGGCUCUUUGACACCCCUUAAUAUCCCUUAGAUUUUAACGUUUUUAAAACAUAAUAUUUUAUGUUGCUCAAACAAUUUUUACCCCUCGUAAAUUGACAUAAUGGUGAUUUUCUCUCUGAGAUGCGCUAUGUGCAAAACCCCAUUCCUGUACCCCUAGAAUCAAAAUAGUCAAAAAAGAAAUUGUGGACAUUGUCAAUGAUUCAUUCACAGUCGGAUGUAUAUAAUAUAUAGAAAUACAUUUACUUUUGAACUAAAUCGGUUUAAAAUCUGAAAGUAAAUAGUGCUUGUUCAUAAUCAUUGAAAACUUAGGAAACAAUACAGUUAGCAGCUAUAUUUUAAAGGCAUUUUCAUUUUUAUCAGGUUUUGCAUUCGCCGAAAAAAAAUUAUAGUUUGUUUAUUUUUGAUUUGAAAUUGUACAUUUUAUUUUGUAUACGACAGGAGGAAAAUAUUGUCAUAUAUUUUUCAUGUUGUACCAUUUAUUUUUUUUUGUAAUAUUUACAGUUGAAUGAUUAUAUUUUUCUUUUUAAAUGUAUAGAUCGUUAGAAUGAUAGUUAUUAUGCAAAUGAAGUAUUUAAUAAACCAUUUAAAUUAUUAAUUAUAUUCGUUUUUUGUUGCCGUCGCAGUGACAAAAUUUUCCUUACGAAUGCCAAAACCCGACCGUAUUCAAAAAUAUAUCAACUAGGAAGUUAACAAGCAGUGGACGCUAGCCAGUGAAAUGUAUUUAUUAUACGUCAUCAAACACUUUUUUUUUGAAUAUAUUUAUGACGGUGAAAAUGAUUAUGCCAUAGGGUCUCAGAACAUAUAUAGGAAAUAAUUAUUUGAGUAAUCCGAGGAUGUUUUAUCACUUUGUUGCACAUCACACUUUGGCCAACAUAUUUAAUUCAUCAUAUACAUUAUUUUGGCGUGUUUUGUUUCAAAAAUACAUGUCUUUGUUCUCUGGGUUAAAACGUCGAGGCUUUCCUACAAUUUAAGUUAUUAUGAACAUUACAGGAAAUUUUCGCAGUCCUUGCUAACCGUUUUUUACCGAACCACACAAAUUACACAUUUAACAAACGUGCCUUAAUUUGUGGUUCGACGUUAAAAAAAUACUAACAUUUUAUCACAGGUGAGAUAAAUCGCGUUUCUUGUGAACCCUUUCUUCAAAAAUUGUGGAAAAAACGCCCCGUGGUGUUAAACAUUAAUUUUCAUCACUCUGUAUAUUUUAGAAGAAACUUUGCCAUAAUAAGAUAUUUUAAAGGAACCUAACUAGAUAGAACCCUGUGUGCAAACGAGACCUGCUAGGACUUACCUUCAUAAAUAACAGAAUCAUAAUUCUUAAACCGCAAACAAAGCAACAAGUGAUAGAACGUCCUCUAUAUCCGAUUCUCUGACCUUUUUUCAAAAAUACGACCUCCGUUUGUUUCUCCUCCCCCUCCCUUCUCCUCACUCCUUUAUAAUAAUAUAAAAAUGUACAUUUUCGGUAUAAGAAAUAUUGUUGACUCGGGGUCGUAUUUGCGAUCAAGGUGAAAUUUGUUUAACAUAAGGUGUAUGUAAAUAAUUUUUUUUAAUGUAAUAAACAAGAAAGUUACUGCUGCAAUAUACAUAAAUGUUGAAAGGAAAAGAGCCAAACAUGUCCAUAUAAUUGAACACUCGCAUUAACAAACAAAAAAAAAACCUUAAUGUUACUUAUUUAUACUGUGCUGUUCGUGUGGAGUGGCGACGACCGCCGCGGACAUUGUGAUAAGAGUAGGUAAAUAGUCAUGUCUAGAUGCAAGAAAAAAUGUAUCGUUAUUAUUAUUAUUAUUAUUUGUUUAUGUAAUGUAUCUAUACUUUAUUUUAUACAAUCGUUCACAAGUUUUCUUAGGUAUAUUUUACCGUUUGUAAAUACAGUGUGUGUAUCAGUUUACACAUGAUAAGUUGUCAAAAUUUAACUUUUUUUUUUCUCUCAUCAACUCUUUAAAUAUAUAAGUUCUAAUAAUUUGAGAA